ACUCCCGGACCGCGAGAUCGUGACCUGGCUGAAGUCGGACGCUUAACCGACUGCGCCACCUAGGCGCCCCUCCAUGUUAAUUUCUAAAAUGGUUUGAGAUUUGCAGAAAAAUUGCAAAGAUAGUAUGAGAGUGCUCAGGUCUCCCCCACCAUUAACAACGUACGUUAGGGUGGGAUAUUAAUUCACAGUUGAUGAGCCAGGUUUGAUACGUUAUCAUUAACUGAAAUCUGUGCUUUCUUCAGAUUUCCUUAGUUUUUACGCAAUGUUCUCCAUCUGUUCCAGGAUGCCAUCCAGGAGAUCCCAUUACAUUUCACUGUCAUGUGCCCUUAAGCUCCUCUUGGCUGAGACAGUUUCUCAGACUUCCCUUGUUUCUGAUGACCUUGACGGUUUUGAGAGGUACAGGUACUUGGUAGGGUGCCCCUCUCUCGGAACCUGAUGCUUUUCUCAUGAUUGGACUGGGUGUAUGGUUUUGGGGGUGGAAGAUCACACUGCUUUCAUCUUGUCAUGGCAAGAAUACAUCACGAUUUAGGAUGGCUGAGUUUGAACUUGAUCAUCUGGUUGAGGUAGUUUGUCAGUUCUCUCCACUGUGAAGUUGUUCCUUUGUUUCCAAAGACCUUGUGUCCCUAAGUGACAGCCUUGUGUUUCAGGACCCCAGUUACUGGAUCCCAGUGACUCUGACCCUGCCUCAGUGGUCAGGUCUUUCUCUCUUAUCACCCCCUCACUUACUUGUAAGGACCCUUGCAUUACGUUGGGCCCACCUGCCAAAAUUCAGGGUACCUCCCUGUGUUGAGGUCAGGUGAGGAGCAACUCCCAAGUCCACCUGGGCCCUAGCUCCCCUCUGCUCUGUAAUGUAACAUAUUCACGGGCUCCAGGGCAAGGAUGUGGAUGGACAUCUUGGGGAGACCGUUUUCCUGCCUGUCACAGGCCUGUCCACCCAGCGUUCCCCUGAUGACUGCAAUAUACCCACUCCCCCAUGACUCUGGUCUUUCUCUUUGUUGAUUUUUUUUUUUAAUUUGGGACUCUUAUGUUUCUUAUCAUGGGAUUAAUUCAGGCCUGCCGCAAAAGCUUCAGUUCCCUAAGGAGCCCGUAAAGAAGAAACUCGAAAUUACCCAUAACUGUACCAUCCAGAGCUAAUUGCUGUUGAUUUUUUGAAACCCCAAGAGGACUGAUCAGUUCUUGAUUCUAAAACUAUGGCCCACGGUCUGGUGACGUUCUCAGAUGUAGCCAUCGACUUCUCGCAGGAGGAGUGGGCGUGCCUGGACUCCUCGCAGAGGGACCUGUACUGGGACGUGAUGCUGGAGAACUACAGCAACCUGGUGUCCCUGGAUUUGGAGUCGCCAUAUGGGACCAAGAGUUUACCUACAGAAAAGGGCAUUUACGAAAUAAAUUUAUCCAGAUGGAACUCAAAUGGAAAAAGUAAAUCCCUGGGCCUUAACUGGAUGUGUGAAGGUGAGUUUGAAAGAUCACAGGGCCCUCAGCAGGGCUGUUUGAAUCAAGUGAUAACCAACCAUGAGAAAACGCCCACUUGUAGAGAAAAUACCUCUGGUAGACCACACCAGAGACCUCAUGCUAGGGAGAAUUCCUAUGAAUGUAAGGAAUGCGGGAAGGCCUUUAGUCGUGGCUACCAGCUCACUCAGCAUCAGAAAAUUCACACGGGGGAGAAACCCUACGAAUGUAAAGAAUGCAAAAAGGCCUUUCGUUGGGGCAAUCAACUCACGCAACACCAGAAAAUCCACACGGGGGAGAAACCCUAUGAAUGUAAGGACUGCGGGAAGGCCUUCCGCUGGGGCUCGAGCCUGGUCAUUCAUAAGAGGAUCCACACGGGCGAGAAGCCCUACGAGUGUAAGGACUGCGGGAAGGCCUUUAGACGUGGUGACGAGCUCACCCAGCAUCAGAGGUUUCACACGGGGGAGAAGGACUACGAGUGCAAAGACUGCGGGAAGACCUUCAGCCGUGUGUAUAAACUGAUCCAGCACAAGCGAAUUCACAGUGGCGAGAAGCCCUACGAGUGCAAGGACUGUGGGAAGGCCUUCAUCUGCGGCUCGAGCCUCGUCCAGCACAAGAGGAUCCACACGGGCGAGAAGCCCUACGAGUGCCAGGAGUGCGGCAAGGCCUUCACGCGAGUCAACUACCUCACUCAGCACCAGAAGAUCCACACCGGAGAGAAACCACACGAGUGCAAGGAGUGCGGGAAGGCCUUCCGCUGGGGCUCGAGCCUCGUGAAGCACGAGAGGAUUCACACGGGCGAGAAGCCUUACAAGUGCACAGAAUGUGGGAAGGCCUUUAACUGCGGCUACCACCUCACGCAGCACGAGCGGAUCCACACGGGCGAGACGCCUUACAAAUGUAGGGCGUGCGGGAAGGCCUUCAUCUACGGGUCGAGCCUUGUGAAACAUGAGAGGAUUCACACAGGGGAGAAGCCCUACGAAUGUAAAGAGUGCGGGAAGGCCUUCAGUCACGGCCAUCAGCUUACGCAGCAUCAGAAGAUUCACACGGGUGAGAAGCCCUUUGAAGGUAAGGAGUGUGGGAAGGGGUGUCACCAUGUGAACCAUCUUCAAGAACAUGAGAGAAUUCACACUGCUGGAAAACCUCUUGAACACAAAGAACAUGCAGAAACUUCCAUCCCACACUCCUUCCUUCCACAACACAAGGAAAACCCGUGAUACGAUUUAACACGAGAAAGCCUUCACCAGACGCCCUUCUGCUCACAGGACCUCAGAGGAGUCAUGCUUGAGGCAGAUUUGGAGAAUGGAGAAAUCACUUUUUCUUAGUGAUCACCGUAUACCCUGUGUAGACUUUUUUUUUUUUUUUUUUUUACUGCAGUGAGUGGAUAGAAGCCUCCUAGUACCACUCGACGUCUGUCUCAUUUCAGACUUGUUCUGGGGAAUAACUCCGCCAAUGUAACAUAUGCGGGAGAGCCUCCCACCGUGGUACACUCCCUCCCCGUUAUUGUCGCCAUCCCACCGCUUUACUCCCUGUGGUUCACUGGGGAAGUGACCUGGUACCCCCUGUGCGUUAUGUGUGGAAUGGGGAUAAUUACACCUAACCCUGCUGUUGUGGUGACUGCGUCUGGUACUUGUAAACUCUUUGAAAGUGUAUCUGGAAUAUCACAUAAGCUCAAUAAAUAUUAGCUGUUGUUGUUCUUACCAUCAUUA